UUAAUUUGGUCGUUUUAUUUUAAUAAUAAUAUAAGUUGUAUAACAAGAUUUCAAAUUGUAUAAGAAAUACGAUACGAGACUUUAGAGGAUAGAACCCCGUUGAUAUAUAUUGUUGUCGCUUUCCUCCACGUGGAUUGUGGAACUCGAAUUAUGUCGCUUUUGUUAACCAUGGUUAACACCUGGAGUACGUCUAACCACACCUUGAAGUAGAUCGUGACGCGUGUCAGAUAUCAACGGCCAAGAUCCAAAGCAAGAAGAUAUUCGAGAAGCAAUGACUCUAUUUAUCACCGCGUCCCACGCCUAACCCUAACGUCAGUCCUGAGUCGUCCUUAUCCUUGACGUGAAUUCACUGAGUCUGCGAUGGCAAACCCUAAGGUCUUCUUUGACAUGUCCGUCGGCGGUGUGCCUGCCGGUCGGAUCGUGAUGGAGCUUUUCGCCGACACCACUCCCCGCACUGCUGAAAACUUCCGAGCACUCUGCACCGGCGAGAAGGGAACCGGCCGCAGCGGAAAGCCUCUGCACUACAAGGGAUCUAAGUUCCACCGGGUCAUCCCCGGGUUCAUGUGCCAGGGAGGCGAUUUCACCGCCGGAAACGGUACUGGUGGCGAAUCGAUCUAUGGAUCUAAGUUCGCCGACGAGAACUUCAUCCACAAGCACACUGGCCCGGGAAUACUAUCCAUGGCAAACGCUGGUCCCGGAACCAAUGGAUCACAGUUUUUCAUCUGUACAGCCAAGACCUCGUGGCUUGAUGGUAAGCACGUGGUGUUUGGGAAGGUGAUUGAAGGGCUGGAUGUGGUGAAAGCCAUUGAGAAGGUCGGAUCUUCGUCUGGAUCCACCGCCAAGGCUGUUGUGGUCAGUGACUGCGGGCAGCUUAGUUGAAUGACUCCUGUGAUCUAUGAGCCUCGAUCUUUACUUUGUCAUGUUAGGGUUUGGUGCUUUUUAUCUUUUUUUUUUUCAUCUUUUCUUGAAGGGUAUGCAGUGAUUUCGGAUCGCUUGUUCCGUGAAGAGAGGGAAGGAGAGGCUUUAUUUGAAUAAGCUAGGUUUUGUUACCUACCUACCGUCUUGUUAUGCUAUGAUAUGAACCUUCUAUCACUCUAAAAA